GGAAAACCCAAAAAAAAAAAAUAUAGAACCGAACCGGGCCCGGCCCGGCCCGGACCGAACCGGACCCGGGGGUUACCCGGGCCGGUUCCGGGCCUCCCCUACCUUGAACCGAGGCCCGGCCGGUUCAAGGCCCGAACCGGGCCCGCCCCGAACCGAGUCCACCCUUAAUUUUAGGAAGUCAAAGAAAAACUCAAUAUUUUAAUAUUUUAUUAAUAUAUGUGUCAUUAAAAAUAAAAAUUCUUGUUGUACACAAACUUAAUACACAAAUUGUACACAACCCCAUUAGUUGCCUAAAAUGUCCACAGGCAAUGUACAAUUUGUGUACAAAUUAUGUGUAUACCAAGAAUUACCUAUUAAAAAUAGGAAAUUUUUUAGAGGAGAGAAGAGUAGUAAGAUUGCACUUUAGAAUCAAAUUAACUCUUAAGACAAAACUAUAUAAUUUAGAAUUGAUUAGCAGAAAAAAAGAACUUUUCCCACCAAAAGACCCAAUGCAUGAACUUCCUAUGUUUGUUUUACCAGAAUUGGAUCAAAGAAAUGGCUGCUUAUGUGAAAUCCAUCGACAAUAAGCAUCUGCUACAAGUUGGACUGGAAGGCUUUUAUGGGCCAUCAAAUGCUGAAAAAAACCAGGGAGUUACUAGCGGCUCUCAAUUUGGGACUGAUUUCAUUGCCAAUAAUCAAAUUCCCGAGAUCGAUUUCAUCACUGCUCACGCUUAUGCCGAUGUGUGGUUGAAUGGAACGAGUGAUGAAGAUCAACUCUCAUUUCUGAGAAAGUGGAUUGACAUCCACAUUGAGGACGCGCAAAACAUUCUUAAGAAGCCUAUGAUCUUAUCGGAGUUUGGAAAGAGCAAGACAGACCCCGGGUUCACCGUUGCAAAGCGGGACAAGCUGAUGAACACCGUUUACUCGGACAUUUACUCCUCCGCUAAAGGCGGGGGUGCAGCGGCUGGCAGCUUGUUCUGGCAGCUGUUUCCAGAAGGCAUGGAAAGUUACCAGGAUGGUUAUGCAAUCGUCUUCAGCGAGAGUCCCACAACAGCUGACAUCAUCAAUCAUCAGUCAUCCAAGCUGAGCAAA